AUGCACAACGUGGAUUCGGAGGAAAAGGAUGAGAACAAUGAAACUAUGUUAUUAACAGACCUGCAAACAUGGGAACGUAGAAUGCGACUGCGGGAAUUCUUUUUUAAUGAGGAAGAUGAUGAAUCUUCAGACACAGAUGAACAGUAUGAGAAAAAGAAAUCAAAUUCAAAGUGGACACCAGAAGAGGGGAGGGACAAAUGGCUUGAUGAAUACAUUAGACAAGUUAAGGAAGAUGUAAUCAGGGGAUUAAGUAGAAAUUUUUCGAGCAAUAUUACAAACUCAGAGGAAAGUGCUAUGAGAGAGCUUCUAGAGGAUCCAAAUAUUAUCAUUAGACCAGCAGACAAAGGAUCAGGAGUCGUUGUUAUGGAUACAGAUAAAUACGUUGAUCAAGUGGAAAACGAAAUGCUGAAUAGCUCAUCCUACAGUGAAGUAAAAGAAGACAGAUCUCAACAAAUAACUAACAAAAUAAAAAAGUUAGUGAAUAACAUGCAUAAAAGAGGAUCUAUCUCGACAGAGCUACGACACUACCUUUUACCGACAGAAAUUUCUUCCGGUAAACUACAGGCCAAUCCAAAAGUACACAAGAAAAAUCACCCGCUGAGAACUAUAGUAAAUGGCCGUCAACAUCCCACAGAAAAACUAGCAGAGUAUGUUGAAUUACAGCUCGAGGAUGCAAACAAAUCACUUAAAAGUUACAUACAGGACACCACGGAUUUCUUGAGGAAACUCUCAACAUUGAAUCAACCGUUGCCGAAUUCUUCUUUAUUAUUUUGCAUGGAUGUUAAAUCACUGUAUCCUAGUAUACCAAGGAAGGAAGCAAGGGAAGUAAUUAAAAGGAUUCUAGAAGAACGACAGAAAAAAGAAGUAGAUACUGACAGUAUUCUAGAAAUGAUGGAUGCUGUCCUGGAUAACAAUAAUUUUAGUUUCAACAAUAAACAUUAUAUCCAAACCGAAGGUACUGCUAUAGGAUCUAAACUGGGACGAAACUAUGCAUGUGUAUACAUGGGGGAAUGGGAAAAUAUUCUUUUGGCGAUUUGUAAACAACAACCUCUUUUUUAUCUAAGAUACAUUGACGAUAUUUUUGGGAUCUGGACGGGGACAGAAGAAGAACUACAUGAUUUCCAUAUGACUGCAAAUAAUAUUCACCCCAACAUUCAGCUUGACCUGCGUUUUUCAAAAACAAAAAUAGACUUCCUUGAUGUUUCUAUUUCUCUGGAUAACGGAUUUCUCACAACAGAUCUUUACAGCAAACCAACUGACAAACAUAUGUACCUUAACAAAACCUCCAGCCAUCCCGAAUCUACAAAAAGUUCAAUUCCGUACGGCCUUGGUCUUAGAGCACGUCGUAUUUGCUCCACAGAGGAAAACUAUCAAAGCCAACGUGAUAAAGUGAAAAAGAACUUGCGAAAACGAGGAUAUUCUAGCAAUGAAGUUCUGUACUGGAAUGAUACCGAGAAGACGGACAGCAGCAUAUUUGAGUUAAGGGAAAGAGAAAUCAAUACAGACAUCAAAGAAAGGAAUUUAUUUUUCAAAGGUGGAAUAGCUACUUUAAGUCCGUAUUGUAAAUGA